AUGGCAAUUGUGAUUGGUAUCGUCGCGGGGAUUUUGACGUAUUUUCUGUGCACUGUCUUCGUUAGCCAAUUGUCCGCUUGGACUGUAUUGGGUUGGGUUAUUGCUGUGGCUAUAACGUUGGGCAUCGGUUUCAGUCCAACAGCCAGAUGCCUCUUCCUCCUGCUAAUACCCGGCCUCUUCUCCCGCGUCGGCCGUUACACCCUGGCCUGCUAUGCGCUGGUCCUCAUACUCACUGGGCCGGCGACCAACACUCUGAAGAACUUGGAUAAUCUGUCUGGUUCCUUGGCUUGUGGGCAGGAACACAUAAAAUCCAGUGUCAAAGAGAUCAGGGAAUCCAAGGAAAGCCCGUUGAAUUUGGUGAAAGAGACGAUGAAUGGAACUAUAGAGAAGAUCGAAUACUUGGCUACGAAGAUGAAGGAUUUGAUGGUGAAGAUACAUCGACUGGCUAUGAGUAUAGCUCACGUCUUCCAAUCUUCCCUAUCCUGGUUGAAUUCCAUCGAGCUAACCUGCAACGAGAAACUAGGAUCGCCAUACGAGCACUGCACCAAAAUCCUAGAACAGGGAACAAAGGAUUGUCAUAAGGAAUUCCCGGAACUCUCAAAUCAGUGGGAUUGGAAACUGGUCGUCCAAGCUGUGUGCUUUAACCAGCAGUUUGAAGAGCCGAUUUGCGUUGUUGGAGAUUUUGCGAAGGGUAGCAUCGUGGCUACUGUUAAGAAAAAACUAACAGACUACACCACGCGCCUCCAAUCCCUCCUCGCGACUAACAUCCACAUCCGCCGCUCCCACGCAUACUGCAACGGCAGCCAGCCCGUCAGCCAAGCGGCCGCCGGCGUUGUCACCGAGCUGCGGAACCGCGCUGACACGCUGCUGGCCUGGCUGUCGUGGACCUGCGCGCUCACCGGCCUGUUCCUGAUGCUCAUUAUACUAAGAGCAAAAUAUUAUCUCCACAUGUUCAAAACUCGGUCCCGGUUUGACAACCGCUACGUCACGAAAGAGCUUCGCGAACUUGACCUGAAGAGACAGAGGCAGGGAAGAGAAACCGUUUUGCCUUUGAACACUAGGGAGAGGGCGAAAUACGUUGCGACCUCAUCAAUCCGCUUGCUCCCUUCAGAGCGGAUGUACCUAACCAGAUCCAUAGUGUUCAUGAUCAUCACAACACUAAAGCUGAUGAUCCAUAUGGUAGCUGACUACAGUCUUUACUGGGUCCUCAUGAAUGUGCGGUUCCAUGGCGAGAAGAAAAACUUUGAACCUCCAAACCGCACAGAGAGGAUUCUAGUAUCGGGUUCAGGUCCUCUGGCUGCGACGGUCCGCUUACUGCUGGAGGCCUUGAGUGUGCCCCUCGUCAUGCCUACUACCUCGACGGUCAGCUGCCUGCCUAAUCCACAUCCACCGGAUCUUCGGCGAUAUGCGCAGAUUGGAUCCCUCAUUAUGAUGUUGUGGCUGCUAGCGUUGUUUGAGCCGUAUGGUCUUCGACUGCGUCAUGUGAUCUCAGGCCAUUACGAGCCGGAGCGAGCAAAGGCUAGAGCGGUCUGGCUUUAUUAUCACAUUAUUAGGACGAGAAGUUGUUUCCUGAAAUACGCUAGAAGAAAACUACACAGACAAUUCAAACACAUGUCGGAGGAGAAAUACACGUUUAGAAAUUGGCUGUAUAAUUGUUUACCAUGUCAGUGUCUACGGACUUUGCUAAGAUUGGGACCACCCGAACCGCAUUGUCUCCUGUGUUGUACGAAACACCGGCAAGAAGAUCUCGAUCGUCAUCUGAAAAGAUGCGAAACUCCCUCGUGUCCCGGUGUUUACUGCGCUCGAUGUUUCAUGGAUAUCGGUCAGCUUUGCACAAUAUGCUACUCCCCUGAAGACUACGGAGAUUUUAGCGACGUCAGCCUUGAAAAAUUUGCGUCUGACGACAAUUCAAGUGACGAGUCUGAUGAUGGCGGUGAUGAUAAUAUACCUCUCAUGGGAACGCAAGAUCACGAAAUAAAUGAUGAUGAAAAAGGCACACGGACUAAUCAUAACAAGAAAAGCAACAGUAGCGUGUUUUUGAAUUCGAGAUGUACGAAUGGUAAUCAAGAAUCAACACCACUCUUGGGUUGUGAUUUUUUGAAGAAAGACUACACAAAAUCAGGGAUGAUUGAAAUACUUUGCAAUAAUAAUUUUAAUCUAUCUAAAACAAAUUGGGUGCAAUAA